CGGGAGACGAGCGCCUGCCUAUAAAUACAUGCCAUGGAGCGAGGAAGCGGUGGGUGGAUUAUCCUCCUCGCUCAAUGAGAUAAAUGGUUCUCAAGCUUAAACACAGAACAAUUUUAGUCUGAAUAGUAGGAGAAACGGUUCAGGACACGCAGAUGACGGCGCAAGCUGCCUGCGGCGGGCAGUGGGGACUGGUGGCACCCGGCGGUGGCUUUGCUGCCCCUUGGGUGUCACCCCUGGUCUCGUGCCGUGGUGGUGUCUGCUCGGGCACGGCAGGAUGCCGGCGUUCCCCCCGCGGGGCAGAGCUCCUUCCCCAGCAGCACCCCAAAAUUCAGCCCAGGGACGGGUGACCCACGGUCCUCGUGACUGCGCAGAGCCAGAUGGAAGCGUCCUCGUCCCUGUCCUCGCUGCUGCCUUUGCUGUUUACAUAGAAACCAGCAUGUUUUCAAAGCAUUUCAAUUUUUAAUGAAAACUUCUGCGUUUCCUUUUUUUUUUUUUUUUUUUCCCCGGGCGUGUUGGUGUUUCGGCCGCCGCCGCUGCUGGAUUUUCCCGGGAAUGGCAGUGGCUCUGUGUUCCCUUCCAACCUGCCGGCACUUCGGGGAGGACAGCGGCCGAGCUGGGAGCGUUGCAAGCAGCAGCCCCAUCCCCAGGGACACCCCUUCCUCAGGGACGCGUCCCUCCCUGGGGACACCCGUUUCUGAGGGCCACGUCUCUGUUGCAGGUCAGGAGGGAGCUUUCUGCAGCACAGCCUCAAAAACCCAUCAGGCAGGAGGGGACCGAAACCCAGAUUAAGGAAAAGCAAGCAGUCCUUGACUUGGAGAGCUGCUCAGCAAUAGGCAGUCCUUCAUCUCCUAUCCCACAGGCUUUUUUUUUUUUUAAAUAAAAAAAAACUUUGCUGACUUGAAUAAUUGUAUUUCAACACAGGUUAAUUAACAGACAUUGACAAGCAGGACUGUAAAUUCAAGCGCAGACAUAAUUCUUCUUGUAGAAUAUUGCGAGCUGUUUUUAGUCCUGCUGCAUCCAUUUAGCUUCUGCACUAACCCACCUCCACCUCCAGCAACCAGACACUGAGAUGGUGCUCCUCUUCCACAAGGCCAAUAAAGCACUAUGGAGAUGAGCUGCUUUGGAGAUCUUAUGAGUCAAGCCGUUACAUUUUUGGAACAUCAUGAUGUUUAAGUUCCUUUUCUAUUUUUUGCCCAACUUCCCAGGAAAGAAAAAAAAGAAAAACUGGGAUGAGAGGCAGCACGGCCAUAGUUUAAAGAAACAAGAGCGAGUUUGGAGAUCGGGUUCAGCCUCGGCGGACAAGCUGGUCCCCGUGCAUCGGGCAGGGCUGGGCCAGGACCGUCCCCGUGCGUCUCCGCUCCCCUCUCCCUACCCAGCACAGCCAUGAGUGCCGGGUCGAUUGAGCAGGAGCCGUCGCGCAAGCUGGCCUGCUGCGGGGUGCCGCUCAUCACCGAAGACAUGCAGUCCCUGGCCAUCCGCACCCUCUCGGGCACCGACAUCAACAAGCACUACGACCUCAUCCGCGAGCUCGGCAAGGGCACCUACGGCAAGGUGGACCUGGUGUCCCACAAAAGCACAGGCACCAAGAUGGCCCUGAAGUUUGUCAACAAGAGCAAGACGAAGCUGAAGAACUUCCUGCGGGAGUUCAGCAUCACCAACACGCUCUCCUCCAGCCCCUUCAUCAUCAAGGUCUUUGACGUGGUCUUCGAGACUGAGGACUGCUACGUCUUUGCUCAGGAGUACGCCCCGGGCGGGGACCUCUUCGACAUCAUCCCCCCGCAGGUGGGGCUCCCCGAGGACAUGGUGAAGCGCUGCGUGCAGCAGCUGGGCCUGGCGCUGGACUACAUGCACAGCAAGAGCCUGGUGCACCGGGACAUCAAGCCGGAGAAUGUGCUGCUCUUUGACCGCGACUGCCGCCGCGUCAAACUGGCCGACUUCGGCAUGACCCGCAAGGUGGGCUGCCGGGUCAAGCGCAUCAGCGGCACCAUCCCCUACACGGCGCCCGAGGUGUGCCAAGCUGGCCGGGCCGAGGGCUUCGCCGUGGACACCAGCAUCGACGUCUGGGCCUUCGGGGUGCUCAUCUUCUGCGUCCUCACCGGCAACUUCCCCUGGGAGGCGGCGGCUGCCUCCGACACCUUCUUCGAGGAGUUUGUGCGGUGGCAGAAGGGGCGGCUGGCGGGGCUGCCCUCGCAGUGGCGGCGCUUCACGGACAGCGCGCUGCGCAUGUUCCAGCGCCUGCUGGCCCUCGACCCGGAGAAGCGCUGCCCCGUCAAGGAGGUCUUCUACUUCAUCAAGUACGACCUGAUGGCCGAGGUGCGCCGCCGGCCCUCCUACCGCUCCCGCAAGCACGCCGGGGACAAGCUGCCGGCCGGGGCGCACCGCCACGAGGCGGCCGGCUCCUGCACGCCCGCGCCGCUCAAGAGGACCAUCCUGACCGACGGCAGCGGGCCCCGGCUCGCCGGCCCCGAGCCGAGCGUGGCCUCGCCUGGGCCGGCCAGCAGGACAGACGGACGGCAGGACAAAGGCAAAGGGCAGAUGGUCCUGGCCACAGCAAUAGAGAUCUGCGUCUGAGGGCGCCGGGGCGGCGCGCGGCUCCUUUCCCAGCGGCUCCAGCCCGGGGACAGGACGGGCAAGGGGCUGCUGGCGGUGGCGGCAGCAGGACCGGGAGCCGUUCCUCCCGAAGCAAAAAAACAAAAAUGAAACCAACAACAAAAAGAAAAAAACAAGAGGAAAAGGACAAAACUGGUUGCGCUCGGUAGCGCCGAGGAUGCUGGCCCCGCUGUCCCACCCAGGUGGCAGGAGCUGGGGAGGACGCCGGUGCCACCGUCCCCUGCCCAGCAGCUGCGCUGCCCCCUCCAGGACCCCCCCUGCAGUGGCAUGGGGAGGGGUCCCCCAAUAAUAAUAAUAAUAAUAACGAGACGGGGGGCUGCGCUGGGACCCCCACCAUGCCCGGCCCCAGGAAGGCCAAUGACCCCACGCCAUGGAAGAGGCCUUUGGGGUGGCGAGCUGACACCUCCCACCGGUCCCUGCCCCGCCGGGGGGACCGGGAGGCGGCGAGGAGGCCGGUGAUGGAGGAGGCCCCCCCCCGGCUGGCUCCAUGCCGCAGGAGGUGCUGCGCACCCGCCGCCGUGCGCCGGCAGCCAUUGAUGUAGCAAGUGUCACUGUGUGUCACCCUGUACUCCCUGCCCCGGCGUGGGGUGGCGAUGGCCGGAGGGACCGGUCCCCUCCCUGCUGGGGCUGGGGAGCUGCGGCUGGGGGGGUGUGUGGGGUGGGGGGGGGUGGACAAAGGGCCAGGAUCCGUGAUGCUCUGUGGGGCUUUGCAGCCUUUUCCUACCCAGGGACUAGGAAUGCGGUGGCACAUCUCCGGGGCUGGCCUGGUGGCUCCUGCAUGGCCAGGAGGGAGCUGAGGGGGGGGGGCAGCAGACACACACCUUCGAGCCACCUCCCCAGGGUCCUGCAUAGGGUCCCCGUCACCCCUCCUUGCUGCCACCCUGUCCCCAGCACAGCGGGGUCUGCCCGCAGUGAGGCAGGGCGGUGGCAGGAGCCACGGUGGCCCCUUCACGCCGAGGACACGGGGGCAGAUGAUCCCCGCCCCCGUCCCCACUGCCCCCCCCCCCCCCCCCCAGCAGGGCUUCGCUGGUGCUGCUGCAGGACCCAUGGGCACGGGGGGGGGGGGAGGGGGGCACCCUGAGGGGCCCCCAGCACCCCCAUCCCCUCUGGACCCCGAACUACCGCACAAAGGGCUAUCACGCUACCCCGAAGCAGCAGCAGUUUACACAGCAGCCGCCAGGCAGGCGGGGGUCCCACCACGUUCCCCCUGUGCCCCCG